UUAACAUGCGAUAUCAACGGUAUACCGUGUCACCAGCAUGUUAUCCGCGGUACAACAACGCUAUCACAAAGACUUCGAAAUUGUUUGAAAAAUAUAAACAUAUACGAGAACAGAACAGGCUCAAAGUCAAUACUAAAGACAUAUGCCAAAUAAAAGAAAUAGAUAUAUACCUCGGAAGAGGGGAAGAUGGAAACCAAACGUCCUUAGGGAUAAAAGAUAUUAUUCUUAAACAAGAGGACCUUAAAGAACACGGUACUGUCGAUUGUAUUACGUAUGAAAAUACAAGCCUUAAAGGACAUAUACAGAUAACAGUUAUCGACAGCAUGAUGAAAGAAGAAAUCAAGACCUUAUUUGGGUUUAUAAAACAAUUAGUUGUUAUCACAAAAGAUGACGCAGAAAUCGAAAGAAUGAAGACGGAAAUGCAGUUCGAAGAUAGCACUACGAGUUUGUUAACAACAAAAGAAAGAGCUGCGCGAGAUAUUUGUAAUUGGUUAGAACGGAUAGCCCUGAAACCAAUGAAAGAAAUGUGCGAGUAUCUUGAUCAAGUUUUGAAGGACAGGAGAUUGGAAAAUUCAAAUGAAAAUCAAUUUUCUUCGUCGAACCUGAAAUGCCAAGAAAAAUGUUUCAAUCAGGAAAACGUUACUUUAAAGACAGAUGCAAACACAAUCGAUCCUAUAACGACUGAGAAUAUAGCGGAAUGUGAUGAUUCUGGAAUAUAUGGAAUGGAUGCAUCUCCAGAUACCAAAUAUGACAGUAUAGGAAAUGAAUCACCACAGGAGGCGUGUGCAUCGUCUGAAACAUAUAGUCAAGAUUUAGAUGAAGAAACAGGUGUAAAUUUGCUGAAAGAAAUGCUUGCAGUAUAUGGUAUGAGUAACGUUCCGCAAUGUGAGCGCCCAGACAUCUCAGAAAUUGAAGAAAUCCAUGAUUCGGUCAAGAAACAAAUAUUCACUGCAAGUGACGCAAUCAUAGGAAUUGGAUAUCGGGUAGAUAAGCUUCACGUCUUUGUUCAAGAUCGUGAAGAUAAAUCAGAAAAUGAGAAGUGUACUUCGCAAGUCCGUGAAGUUCUCAGUCAACUAGGCAUACACCACUUUAAUAUUGUUCCGGUAAAUUUUAAAGAAUUAAUGCAUGUUGGUGCGAAAAUACACCCAAUACCUACAUACGGGACACUCGGCUGCUACGCUAAAAUGAGCGACGGUCACCGAUGCAUACUACUAGCGAAACAUGUUGCUAUGUUGGGCACAGACAUAUACAGUCUUGACCAUAAUAAAAAGAUAGCCACAGUAAUAGGAAAAACUACUGCUAAGUGUUGCAAACUUGAUAUAGCUGCUGCCCUAGUUGAUGGCGAUGCAACUAAAUGUUGUACAAAGUUUCGAAAUUCCAGCGGAAAAAAACUUGAAGGUAAACUAUAUGAAUAUGGACAUAAUUCUGAUUCAUUUGUUGUAAUGGAGGGUCAAGCUGUUCAUAUUUGGGGUGCUACAAGUGAUCCGGGAAAAGGAGUUAUUUCUAUGUCAAAAUAUCAAGACGGGAUGGACUCCCCUUUGAUACUGAUACGGGAUGAGGAAUCCAGCUUUACUAAAGAUGGCAAUAGUGGAACUAGCUUAAAGUUUGCUAAACCGGGUGACAGUGGAGCUAUUGUAUGCAUUGACCAUCCGGACGAUGAAUUUGUAUAUGCAGUUGGUAUGCUUACAGGUUUAGCCGAACUGCGGAUGGAUCCAAAGCAGGAACAUUAUACAGCUCUUCCGUUGUCAGAAGGAAUGGCACAACUACAGGAAUCUACUGGCAAAACAUUCGAACUUAUCUGAACAUUUCAUUACAUCUAUGUCAUCUUCAGGUUUUAGAACAGAAGGAAAAAUACAAGUUAACAACUCUAGAUGUGACAAUUUCAAUACCCGGGCUAGGUAAUUUCCCUCUAUGUCGAAAUGAUACGAAACAAUAUAUUUGAAGCCAGCCCUCAUCCACCUCUCAUUCAUUAUUGUCAUUUUUUGUGGAGAGCAUGUUACUAUUAGUUAGUGUAAUGCAAUGCAGGAAUACAAUUUAGAAUCACUUACCACGCUUUUUAAUAACAUAAUUAUCAUAUUUUGUUGCAGAAUUGAAUUUAAUAUGUAGAUUCCAUCAAAUAAAUAACAAUCUCCAGAUAUUGGAAAUAUCAACGAUAGCACUGUUAUCUAAAUAGGUCCUCUUAAACACUGUAAACUUUUAUCAGCGUUGGCUCCUCAUCAAAGGAUGAUUAUGGGUGGAUAUUCAAUAAACAUAUUACAUCAAAGUUGAAGGGUCGCACUUUGAGAUCAUUGAUUCCUUUGACACAAAUAUUCACAAGAACUAUAGGUGCAUUUCAUUAUGUACAUGUAUAUUUAUUGCGAUGUCCUUGCUCCCUCUGAUUUAUUUAGGCUAGGAUAUCUAUUAACUGCCAAAAAAAAAAUGAAAAUGGUUUAAACCAUUUUUAGGGUCUGAAAACACAUAAAAAGACAAAAUAUUUAAUUAUCUUGCAUUACAUUAAAAAUGGAUAAUUUUCCCGCCUAUUCAUCAGAAUAUUUCUAUACACCCCGAUUGCAAACGACAUAGCUAACAUCUACAGACUUCAUAAAAUAAACACUCGCCAUAGGCUAGUUCAUUUUAAUCGCAAGUGCAAUUGGGAAUGUAGUGCAUUAACUCUGUGGUAUUUUCAGAACUACUGUAUCCUUUAAGUAAUUAGUGAAACAGGGCAGUCUUAGAUUUUUGUCAGAAGGUCCAAGAUGUUUUAUAUAAAAGUUAUUGAUAAUCCAUCAUAGAUAUGCUUAACGCAGAUACGUAGCUGCGUAGUGAAAAUCUGGCAAGCAUACACAAUUAAACUGGCUAAUUUAUUUGGCUGCAACAAGAAGUCUAUAUCAUGCAACGGAGAUUGCUUCAUUGCUUCAUACGCAAUCAUUGCUUACUUCAUUUUUUGUUUAAAGUACAGUAAACUCAAGUAAUAGAAAACUGGUUUAUAUAAUUGAUUGAUUUAACGUGCAUUGAAAUCCACCAAAAUAAUUUUCUUUGUAGUUUUAUAACAAUUAAGGUAUAGUCAUUAUCCUACUAUUUGAUUGCUUAUUUUUGUAAUAAUCAUGACCAUGUGCAAUAUUACAUUCAUACGCCGUCUACGCUAACGGUUUAAAGAGUCAAAUUUCUAUAAUAAAAUUAUAAUACAAUGUCAAAAUUGAUAAACUGUUGGUUGAGAAAUCGGCAAAGAGGCAUUUUCAAGGCUAAAAGCUUUUGAAUAGGACAAUUUGUAUAACACUGCAGACGUAAUUUGUCACGCAUAAUAAUUAUUACGUUAUUUUCAGAUAUCAUAGAUAUAUCUUAUAAUUGUAUUUGUAUGAAAUUAUCAAUUAUUCCAUGGUCCCAAUGUUAUAGAAAAUAAAAUAUUAAAGAAAUAAAAAAAUA